AUGAAGAUAGUGAAGAUAAUUAUUGAUAUAUUUACUAAAUAUGUAAGGAAGAAAUCUAACAAUUCCGAAGGCAAAUGUACAUUACUAUCAACUCAAGUGUCUUAUGAAGAUACUAUUCAAAAUUUUUGUCUUAUAUGGUUAGAUAAGAAUAUUGGCGAAGUGAAUGAUAUUGAUUGUAUGAAUAUCAUUGUACAAUUACGACAGGUUAUAAAUGAUAUACAAACAUUUACCGAUGUCGAUGAAUAUGAUGUAUUUAUUAAUGAUAUUACAGAUAAAAAAAUUUAUUUAGUUUCUUCCGGAGCACUCGGUCACACAAUUGUUCUAAUCAUUCAUGAUAAGGCACAGAUAAGUGACAUUUAUAUUUUUUGUGGAAACAAAAUUCUACAUGAGCAAUGGACACAACAAUGGUCUAAAGUGAAAGGAGUAUUCACAGAUAUUUCAUUAAUAUGUGAAUCACUUACACAAGCCACUCAAAAUUCUGAGUCUAUGAGUUUUAUUGAGACAAUUGAUGACACUUCAAAUAUAAAUUUAAAUAAACUUGAUCAAUCGUUUAUGUAUACUCAACUAUUGAAAGAAAUCUUACUGACUAUAGAUUUCGAACAAGAAUAUUUUAAUGAUUUGCUUAUAUUUUGUCGAGAAUACUUUGCCGAUAAUAAUAUUGAAUUGAACAAUGUCGAUAAAAUCGAAAAAGAAUAUCAAGAUCAACAAUCAAUCUGGUGGUAUACAUAUAAUUGUUUUCUUUGCUCCAUGUCGAAUAAAGCAUUACAUACAAUGGAAAUUGAUCUAAUUAUUAAAUUGGGCGUCUUUAUUCGAGAUCUUCAUCAACAUAUUGCUAACCUUCAUUCCGAACAAUAUGGUGACCAUCAUCAAUCGAAAACUUUUACCGUAUAUCGUGGUCAAGGUUUAUCUCAGAUAGAUUUUGAUCAAUUGGCGAAAAAAUACGGUGGGUUAUUAUCUUUUCAUAGUUUUUUAUCCACAAGUAAAGAUCGAAAUUUGUCUCUGGCUUUUGCUCGACAAAGUAUUGAAACUUCUCAUCCAAUAGGUAUUCUUUUUAUUAUGAAAAUUGAUCCGUCUAUAUCAUCAACACCUUUUGCUAAGAUUCAUAAUGCUAGUGUUCAUCAUAAAGAAGAAAUUCUCUUUUCUAUACAUGCCGUCUUUCGUAUUGGAUCAAUGAAACUAAUCGAUAAAACUAAUAAUCGUCUCUGGCAAGUAGAAUUAAUAUUAACAAAUGAUAAUGAUCCACAAUUAUGUGCUUUAACGAAACAUAUACGAAAAGAAACAUUGUCUAGUUAUAAAGGAUGGUAUCGAUUAGGUGCAUUAUUAAUUCAACUAGAUCAGUAUGAUAAAGCUGAGCAACUAUAUAAUUUAUUACUUACAAAAGUAACAAAGAAAGGUGAAGAAGCCCAUUUAAACCAUAUGCUAGGAAUAGUCAAAAAUAAUCAAGGAAAAUAUCAAGAAGCUAUUGAUCGAUAUGAAAAAUCAAUUGAAAUCAAUCGGGAACUGCUUUCACCAAAUUCAUCUGCUCUUGCUGCUCCUUACAAUGGUCUCGGUUCAGUAUAUUCUAGUAUAAAUGACUAUUCAAAAGCGCAUUCGUAUUAUGAGAAAGCACUUAUUAUAAAUCGCGCAGUUCUUCCGUUAGAUCAUCCUGAUUUAGCUACGUCUUACAACAAUAUCGGAGGAAUAUAUGAAAGCAUAAAAGAAUAUCCGAAGGCACCUUCGUAUUAUAAAAAAGCAUUGGAAAUCUAUCAAAAAACACUCUCUCCAAAUCAUCCUAAUUUGGCUGCUUGUUACAACAAUAUCGGAAGUGUAUAUGAAAAUUUGGGUAAAUAUCCAAAAGCACUUUCAUAUCAUGAACGAGCACUUGAAAUUCGUCAAAGAACACUUCCUCCGAAUCAUCAUGAUUUAGCUUGUUCUAUCGGACAGAAAGGAAUGGUAUGUUCGCAUAUGGGUGACCAUUCAAAAGCUAUUGAAUAUUGUGAACGAGCUCUUAAAAUUAUCGAACAUUCAUUACCUUCUGAUCAUCCAGAUGUUGAAUUAUAUAAAAAAAAUCUUGAAUUUGUAAAAACUAAACUAUAA